AUCCUCCAAUUCCUCAUGGGGUUGAAUGACACAUACUCUGCCAUUCGUGGACAAAUCCUUUUGAUGCAGCCACUUCCCAAUAUCAGAAAAAUUUACUCACUCUUACUCCAAGAAGAAAAACAGCGACAGCUUGCUGAUGCUCGUGAUGGAACUAUUCUUGCCAUGAAUGUGAAGAAAAGCACAAGGAACACAGAGAAUAGGCAGCCUGCAAAACCACAAGACAUCAAAGGGAAAUCCUUGUAUUGCACACACUGUGAGGGUGAUACACACACGGUUGAUCGCUGCUACUACAUCAUCGGCUUUCCACCAGGGCACAAGUUCCAUGGCAAAGCAGUUAAGCCACCAAACAGGAACAAGCGUUUCACAGCCAAUAAUGCUCACGGCACGACCAAACCCACCACUGCAGAGAAUGCACAUCAGAACUUUCCUCAAUUCACAGAAGAGGAGUACAAUCAGAUAAGGGCCUUACUCGGUAAAACCCAGUUUUGUGGAAAUGUGACAGGACCUGAAAACGAUGAAGGUGAUUGGCCUGGGGAAGGAGCAUAAUGGUCUCUACUACCUGUCCAAACACACAGCCAUCAAGC